AUUGGAGUUUGGGGGGGAAGAGGACUUCCAAUUGUAUAUGGAGUUUAAGGGAUCGAGACUUAUUGGGAUGCUGUAUUGAUAGUCUUUACUACUGUGGAGUGCAGAUUAAAUUUAUCUGGAUUGUAGGAGUUCUGUUUGGCAGCUGUGGGUAAAGAAGUUGAAGCAGAUUUUUAUAGGCUGGCAUCUUAAUUAUUCUGGGAUUGCCAUCAAUUUUCAUGGGAAACACAAUGGAUAUUUUAAUACAGCUCUUACAUGAAGAAGGUGGUCAACUAAUCAAAACUUAAGCCAUUUCAAAUGGCUCCUCCUGCUAAAGCUACUGCCAAGAAGCCUGAUGCAAAGGCACAGGCAUUGAAGGCUGCCAAGGCAGUAAAAUCAGGGGCUGCUUCUCUGAAAAAGAAGAUGAAGAAGAUCCGCACUUCAGUAACUUUUCACCGACCAAAGACACUGAAGAAAGAGAGGAAUCCAAAGUACCCCCGUAUUAGUGCUCCUCCGAGGAACAAGCUGGACCACUAUCAGAUUCUCAAGUAUCCCCUCACCACUGAAUCUGCCAUGAAGAAAAUAGAAGACAAUAACACACUUGUCUUCAUUGUUGAUAUUCGGGCAGAUAAGAAGAAGAUCAAAGAUGCUGUGAAGAAGAUGUAUGACAUCCAGACAAAGAAAGUCAAUACUUUGAUCAGACCCGAUGGUACCAAGAAGGCAUAUGUGAGGUUGACUCCAGACUAUGAUGCUUUGGACGUUGCCAACAAGAUUGGCAUCAUUUAAUGGAGAUUUGAUUUCAUAUUGGCUUGUUAAUUGGAAAUCUAUGAUAGUACUAGAGAGAUGCUACGCAUCUGCAUUUUUCAAUAGUUUCAGGUGUAGUUCUAGUUUUCAAAUUUUUUUUACAUGGACAAAUUCUAAAUUUAUUGGAUUUUUCUUAUAAUCUUUGGAAUGCUAAGCUUAUGGAAGCAUAUUGACCCCUGGUUCCUCUGUA